AGUUUUACCACCCCACGCCAAAAGCCUCUCACAUCUUCGCUUCAUCCCCACCACCAUCACCUCCACCACCAUCAAUCCACCUUCCCUGGAGGUUCGUUCAACUUAGAGAGAGAGAGAGAGAGAGAGUAAGCUGGCGACCUUGUUGCGUGUAUCUCUUGCUCUUCCUCCCUGUCUUUUGGACCACGGCUUGGAGAUAGAUGGAGUUCUAAUGGUGUUAGUGUGUUCCUGAUGCUUUGAAGAAGGGUGUCUUGCUUGUAUCUCUGGUUCUUCUUUAUCUGGUGAAAAAAAAAGUAGUCAAGUUCUUCAGUCCUGUUUGUGUUUGCUGUGAUAUAGAACAGAUCCAUUUGAGUUUUUUUUUUGAAGAUGGGUGGAUUGAGCGUUGAGCAAUUUCAAUUCUCUGGGAACCUUGAUUUCAUGCAAUUCCUACCUUCCAACAAUGAGAAAAAUUUCUGCUUUGGUUCUCUUGUUCCACCAAAUGCCACUGCUGCAGAUGCUGCUCUAGGAGAGGGUGAUCUUGUGGACCCUCCGCCGGAGAACUUCCCCGAAGCCAUGGCUGACGAUGAUAGUGACGAAGACAUAGAUGUUGAUGAGCUUGAACGCCGUAUGUGGAAAGACAGGAUGCGUCUGAGACGCCUGAAGGAACAACAACAGAACAAAAGCAAAGAGCAGGGUGAUGCAGCAAAGCAACGGCAAUCACAAGAGCAAGCGCGGAGGAAAAAGAUGUCACGAGCACAAGAUGGUAUUCUCAAGUACAUGUUGAAGAUGAUGGAAGUUUGCAAAGCUCAAGGAUUUGUUUACGGGAUUAUCCCAGAGAAGGGUAAGCCUGUGAGUGGUGCAUCUGAUAAUCUGCGAGGUUGGUGGAAAGAAAAGGUUCGGUUUGAUAGAAACGGUCCUGCUGCCAUUGCAAAGUACCAAGCUGAUAAUGCGAUCCCUGGUGUUAACAAUGAGAUGAAUUCUGGGUCGUUGAGCCCUCAUUCAUUGCAAGAGCUGCAGGACACUACACUGGGGUCUCUUCUGUCUGCUUUGAUGCAACAUUGUGAUCCUCCUCAGAGGAGGUUUCCUCUGGAAAAGGGCGUUGCACCGCCAUGGUGGCCCAACGGUCAGGAGGACUGGUGGCCUCAACUCGGCUUCACAAAAGAACAAGCUCCGCCACCUUACAAGAAACCACAUGAUCUUAAGAAGGCGUGGAAGGUGAGCGUGCUUACUGCUGUGAUCAAGCAUAUGUCUCCUGAUAUUGAGAAGAUUCGCCGGCUUGUCCGGCAGUCUAAGUGCCUGCAAGACAAGAUGACGGCGAAGGAGAGCGCAACUUGGUUAGCUGUGCUCAAACAAGAGGAGACACUAUAUUUGCAGCUUCAUCCUGAUGCUUGCCCUCCUCCGUCGUCUUGCAGUGCAAUCAAUGGUGCUAUAUCUUUCAGUGGCAGCUGCAGUGAAUACGAUGUCGAUGGUGUUGAUGAUGAGAAGAAUGAUGAUCUGAUCGUUCACAAGCCUCUUGAUUCUCCUUCCUUCAACUUGGUUGCUCCCAAUGUUGUUAAGGAAGAGAACAACAUUGAAUUCAUCCAGAAAAGGAAUGCUCCUGCAGAACCGGAGAUUGGGAUGAAUGGAAACAUCUUUACUUGUGAGAAUGAGCGUUGCCCCCAUCAUGAUUAUCGUUAUGGAUUUUUUGACAGGAAUGCGAGGAACAAUCAUCACUAUGUUUGCAAGUUUAGGAACAACUUUCCUUCUGGAGUCCCGAUAGCUGGUUUCCCGAUGUCCGACAACAAGUCUUCAGUGUUCUCCAUGCAGUAUGCUCAGCCGAAGCCGAAUGCAGCUGGUUCCAGUGUCAAUCCUAUCAACAUUGCUGAUCUGGGGAUUCCAUUGGACGGGCAGAAGUCAAUCAAUGAACUCAUGAGUCUCUACGAGACGAAUAUUAAUCCAAACAGGAGCCCAAACCAGGUAGACAAUCACUUCUAUGGCGGCAACACCUAUCAGGAACCGAACAACAACAGCAGCAACACUAUGCAGUCUACUAAUCUGUUUGCUUGUGAUGAUAUCCAGUUUCCGCAACCAUUCGAUCAACCCAACGACAUGAAUGGAGAAUUCAGAUUCAGCUCGCCUUUCAACCUGUCAGCGAUUGACUUUGCAGAGGCGUAUAACAGGCAGAUCGGAGAUUCUCUGCCGAAAGCAGGAUGUCCCUGGCUGGGGCUUCUGAUACCCUCAAUAAAAACCUGGAUCAAAUGCAUCUUGUUCUUAGUGUUCCAUUCAUGUUAUGCCCAAAUGGAAUACAAAAUCAGGAUUGCAGAAACAACUUCCCUAUAGUGUAGUAUUACCAGGUGAUGGAUAAUUAAUAUUUCUGCAAACUAGUUCUAUAGUUUUGUUUUUCUUUUAGAACAAGAACUGAUUUGAAGUAUCUGCUAUUUCUCUGUGGGGGAGAAUUGAUCAAAAGCUCAAAACUUCACUCCCACAUUGAAAUUUGUUCAUAGGUGGGUGGGUUGGUUGGUUGGUUGGUUGUUGGUGUUGUAAACUUAAUUAAUCUCUCUGUGGGGGGGAUUGAAGAACAGUAUUUUGGAUUUUGUUUCUAGUGUACAUUUUUAUCAACUUUGUUUCUC